GGUCUCUCCCCGCGUCCUGCGAGACAUCAUCGGAACUAGAGGAGCCCUGGAUAUCAAGUCCAGAGCUGCAGGAUCUCCGCCUGUAGACUAUUAUAUUAACCUAUCCCACAAACUUUUAAUCUGGCUGAACAAAGGCGCCAUUCGACCUCAUCACUCGGGUCACAGACCAUGUCUGAAUCACCUCCACCCCCGCCCCAGUGGAAUAUCUCCACGAUUGCGAGCAGCGCUGUCCAAUUCCUCCGUCUGCCGGUGAUUGCAUCGUCCGGACUGGCUGUGGUCGCUAGCGGGCUUCUGUACUUUAAACAAAACGAGCUCAUCUACCCAAGAAACGUGCCAGUAGAUGCGCGCACGAAUGUUCCCAAGCCGAGCCACUUUGGAAUCCAUGAUUUCGAAGAUUUACAGAUCCCUACGCCCGAUGGGGAGUCGCUCAAUGCGCUUUUCCUCCGGCCCCCCAACAAGCGUUUGUCAAAGAACGUCACCAUUGUGAUGUUCCAUGGAAACGCUGGGAACAUUGGCCACCGCAUACCUAUCGCCCAGGUCUUGGUAGAGGCACUAGGCUGUAACGUACUCAUGGUGGAAUAUCGUGGGUACGGGUUGUCAACUGGAGUGCCCGAUGAAACAGGUCUGAAUAUCGACGCUCAAACAGCGCUGGAUUAUGUCAGGCAGCGCGCAGAGACAAGCGGCACGAAGAUCGUCAUAUAUGGGCAGAGCCUAGGCGGGGCUGUCUCAAUCAAUCUGGUUGCUAAGAAUCAGCAUAAAGGCGACAUCGCCGGUUUGAUUCUCGAGAACACUUUCUUGAGUAUUAGGAAGUUGAUACCUUCAGUGUUUCCGCCAGCCAGAUACUUGGCGCGGCUUUGUCACCAAUAUUGGGCCAGUGAGGAUGUGCUUCCGAAGAUCACCGACGUUCCUAUCCUUUUCCUUAGCGGCCUGAAAGAUGAGAUUGUCCCUCCAUCCCAUAUGACUCAGCUCUUCAACCUCUGCAACUCCAGCCGGAAGGUGUGGCGUACGCUUCCCAAUGGGCAGCACAAUGAUAGCGUGGCCGAGCCUGGCUAUUUUGAUUACAUACAUUCUUUCCUUAUGGAGGAAGUUGUCGAAAAGGAGCAUCGAGAGUCUUGAAUUCACUAGUCCGGUCUCAAAGGGAGGUGACUGGGCCGCAAAAGUGGGAUAUACACGCAUUUGACCCCUCGUCCAAUGGCUUGGGGUUUCACUCGAGCGGUCUUUAUCUCACUUAUCCAUUACCGACUGUGUCGCCUACAAGGUUCCACCGCUCCCACGGCCGGCUU